AAUCGUAAUACAUCAUGAAAUUAGUUCGGUUUUUAAUGAAACUCAGUCAUGAGACGGUAACAAUAGAACUUAAAAAUGGUACUCAGGUACAUGGAACAAUAACUGGAGUCGAUGUUGCUAUGAAUACACAUUUAAAAGCCGUUAAAAUGACAAUUAAAAAUAAAGAACCCGUCAUGUUGGAAACGUUGACAAUUAGAGGAAACAAUAUUAGAUAUUUUAUAUUACCUGAUUCACUACCAUUGGAAACUCUUUUAAUUGAUGAUACACCCAAAUCGAAAGCAAAGAAAAAAGAAGCUCAAAGGGGAGCUGCAAGAGGAAGAGGACGUGGAGGACGAGGUGGACGAGGUGGAAGAGGUAGAGGAAGAGGAAGAGGUAGACGAUGAAAAGUUUAAUUAUUUCACAUUUACCGAACUUUCAUUUUUUUUUCAUUUUAAAAACCCAUUCAAGGUUUUCAAAUCGUGAAACCUUAAUAUUAAAAACUAUUAUUAUUAUUAUUUUUUAUUUUUAAACAUAAGUUUUUUUUUUUUUUUUUAAUAGUGAAUUAAUAAUAUUAACAUAAUUUUAAUUUUUUUAUUUAAUCGUAAAAAGGAAGAGAGAAAAGUAAAAUAAAAUUAGUGUUUAAAGUGAUUAUUAUUAGUCUUGAUAUGAUUUAUC